UCGUUUCGCUCCUCGGCCGAGCAGGCCGCGGCGUCCCGCCCCUCUCAGGUCCGAGGACGUCCCGGCUCUGCCUCCCGCCUCCCGCGGCCAAACCGGGGUUUUAUUUCUCUCUGACGGUUUUUCCAUUAUUCCACCGGCUGAACGCCAGUCCUCCUCCCUCCCCAAGCUCGGGCUGGCUUCCUGCGGCGCCUCGGCCUGCCCGCGAGUUCCCGUUGGCCCAUCGCCGUCACUGGAAGGAGAUGGGGGAGCGGCCCGGGCGAGCGGCGGGUUAUGAGAGGAAGUUUUCCCUGCGGGCAGGAGAGGAGCUGGUCGGUCCCCGCGCGGCCCUGCUGGCUGCGGGUUCCGGGUGUGACGUAGUGGGGACCAUCGGGGACACCUGGCAACCUCGGCCGCAGGUCCGGAGCUAAAUGCUGCGUGCAGCAGUGUUUAUUUUGGCCGAAGGUUUUUAAAAAGCUUUGAGACUGCCUUUUAAACUUCCACACCUGUUACCGAUGAAACUUCGAAAUCACUGGGCGCGCAUCCCUGCGCGGCCGAGGUUCCCGAGAGUUGGGUAGCGGUUGCCCCUUCCAGCGAGUCCGAGGCUUUCCAGUCCGACACGCUCUCCCCCGAGCCCUGUCACCUGGAAGGCCGACCCAGCAUCUUCGUGUAGGCUCCUGCGUGGCCAAGUGUACAGGCAGUGUGUUCCUGUCGUGGCUAACUUUAAGAAGCGCUGCUUCUCAGACUUGAUAAGACCAUGGCACAGAACUGUGGCAGUUGGAUUUGGUGUGACCCUGUGUGCAGUUCCUAUCGCACAGAAAUUGGAGCCUCAUUCUCUUAGUAAUGAUGCAUUAAUGAGGAGGGCUGUGUCUUUGGUAACAGAUAGCACCUCCACCUUUCUCUCUCAGACCACAUAUGCAUUGAUUGAAGCAAUCACUGAAUAUACUAAGGCCGUUUAUACCUUAAUUUCUUUGUACCGACAAUAUACAAGUUUACUUGGGAAAAUGAAUUCACAGGAGGAAGAUGAAGUGUGGCAGGUGAUCAUAGGAGCCAGAGUUGAGAUGACUUCAAAACAACAAGAAUACCUGAAGUUGGAAACCACUUGGCUGACUGCACUUGGUCUUUCAGAGAUGGCGGCAGAAGCUGCAUACCAAACUGGAGCAGAUCAGGCCUCGAUAACUGCCCGGAAUCACAUUCAGUUGGUGAAGUCGCAGGUACAGGAAGUGCGUCAGCUGUCCCAGAAAGCAGAGACCAAGUUGGCAGAAGCACAGACGGAGGAGCUCCGUCAGAAAACACAGGAGGAAGGGGACGAGAGGGCCGAGCCGGAGCAGGAGGCCUACCUGCGUGAGGAUUGAGUGCCCGGCUGCUGCCCACGUCUGCGGGCUCAGCCUGGGGAAGGCGGGGCCGGCCCAGCCUUCCCUGCACGGAGAGGACACAGCAGGUCCUGCCCUGGCCCAUCAGGCCCGAGGCAGUAGUGAGCUGGGAGCGCCUGCACCCCCCCACCCCAUGGACCUGGUUCUUACCCCUGGGGCACUGCACCCUGUUUAACAUUUGACCCCAGUCUGCACAGCUUCCCAUGCACCCAUCCUUUUACCUCUCACCCAGGGCAUCUCGGCAGCCUGGCCAGAGAGAGGGGUCCUUUUUUGUCAUGCCCAGACAAGUUCAGUAGCUGUUUAACUUCCGUUUCCAGUCUUACAUUUUCAAAUAUGAUUUAGUCUUUGCUCCCCCCAUAGGAAUGUGCAUUUUGGGGGGGGGAGGGGAGCCUGUUCAUAAGAUUUCUUUUUAAGUGUUUCUAAUGCCUUCUGUGAUCUAGCCCCAUUGCCUGUAAGGACAGCGAAGCCUAGGAGCCAAAAGUCCAUUAUCCUUAAGGAACUGAAAGUAGAGCGUUUACCUGGUGCUCAAUAGGACACGUUCCAACACAUGCUUCUUGUUUCCUUCUUUCCUUCGAGUUUCUCUAUUGUAUCUGAAGGAGAAUAAUUUUUGUUUUGCACUUCAAAAAGAACAUGUUUGUGUGUAUAUUCU